AUGCCGAGGUUUUAUUCUGCCAUUCCUCAUUCACCCAACAAAAGGACCCCAUUUCAAGUCUUGUCUUUAUCCGAGAAUGCAUCAACAGCUGACGUGAAGAAACGCUAUUAUGAACUCGCCAAGACAUUGCAUCCAGACAAGCCGACAGGCGAUGUAGAAGAAUUCAGACAAGUGGUACGAGCGUAUGAGCUAUUAUCGGAUCCUGGCAAGAGGUCAAUGUACAUGCGCACUGGAUUGGGAUGGGAUGUUGCUGUUCCUUCUUCGACUUCAUGGGGAGACCCUUGGGCAUCGACUCCAGGACAACGACCAGCGUCGUACACAAAUGCAUAUUGGGCAGCACAAGAUGAUAUACGAUACAAGGGUGGACCCUGGUCUUCACAUGAGAAGCCUCGCUAUAUGAGCAAUCGCACCUUCUUUUCCAUCGUGGCUGGGCUGGCACUAGUCGUUGGAGUAGCACAUUUUGCACACAUCUUGGGAUCACAUUCAUCAUUUAUCAGUGCCGCUGACAGGCAUCAUUUACGCACAAGUCAAGACUUAGAACGAGCACGUACCGAAGCUCAAUUAUUUGGCAAUCAGCGGGCUGUAGAACGGAUGCUAGAGAAUCGCAUGAAAUACUUUCGGGAUGACAACAACAAUAGUAGUCAUGGCAACAGUAGUAGUAGUGGUAGCGAUGGUAACAAUAAAUAA